CCCAACUACGCAGUUUCCACUACCUUCUUAGAUUUCGCCGCCGAUCGUUCUCCGUCGUAGUCACCGUCGUCGGCGGCACCACUCCCCUCUCUCUCUCAUUCUCUUCCCCUUCUCUCUCUACAAUUUCGAGUUACCCUCUCUUUCUCUCUCUCUCUCUCUUCCCCAAUCUCAUUUAUUCCUCACACCUUUUAUUUCUCUCUCUAUAAAUAUACUCGCAUGCACACUGGUAGAUUCAAAAACACACAUAUAUAUGCACGUGAUUCUGAUUCGUGCGAACUCAAUUGAAUUCGAUGGGGCAUAAAAAGCGAAACCCUGCCACACGCUCGAAACAAUCUGCUGCGACGGCGGCGGCGGGUUCUCCGGUGUCACCACCGACUAACGGAAAAGCGUCCAACGGCACAAUCAUUUCGGCGGAACCGGAGUCAUGCGCGGUUUCCGAUCACGGUGUCGAUAAGAUCGAAUUCACGACCUCUCAAUCUGAUGCUUCGGCUAACUCCGCAAUCAAGCAGGAAUGCGAGCGAGCCCUAACGGCGCUCCGGCGCGGAAACCACUCUAGGGCGCUGAAGCUGUUGAAGGAUUGCUGCUCCAGGCACGAGAGUUCUCCUCAGUUGGGCUUCGCUCACCGAGUUCAGGGCACAGUGUGCGUCAGACUGGCGGCGAUUAUCGACGACCCGAGCUCGAAGCAGAGGCAUAUGAGGAACGCCGUUGAGUGUGCAAGGAAAGCGACGGAACUGUCCCCGAAUUCGAUCGAGUUUUCGCAAUUCUACGCGAAUUUGCUGUUCGACACUGCAAGCGAAGGGAAGGAAUUUGAGGAGGUUGUGCAGGAGUGCGAGAGGGCGUUGGCGGUUGAGAAUCCUAAUGAUCCUGCUAAGGAGAGCUUGCAGGAUGAGAGCCAGCAGAAGAUAUCAACGGCGGAAGCACGUGUGGUGCACGUGCAGAACGAGCUUCGGCAGCUGAUUCAGAAGGCCAACAUUGCUUCGUUGUCGAGUUGGAUGAAGAACUUGGGAAAUGGGGAGGAGAGGUUUCGGUUGAUUCCGAUAAGGAGGUCCACUGAGGACCCUAUGGAAGUGAGGUUGGUUCAGAGCAGAAGGCCCAAUGAGAUCAAGAAGGUCACCAAGACCCCCGAAGAGAGGAGGAAAGAAAUUGAAGUUCGAGUUGCUGCUGCGAGGUUGUUGCAGCACAAGUCAGAGUCACCACAAGUUCAGAGUGAAGGAGAUAGGGAUGAAAGGACAUUGGAUUCGUCUUCUUCAGGAGCUGGUCAUAGGAGGAAGUAUGGACAUAUGAGAAAGAAUGGGUCUUCAGCUGAAAGGAAGGAUUGGGUACGCUCAUAUUGGAAUGUGAUGAGUAUGGAUAUGAAGAAGGGCUUGCUUAGUAUUAGAGUUUGUGAUCUCAAGUCCUACUUUGGGUCUUUGAAGGAUACUUUGCCUAACGAGGUUUUAUCAGAGGCUUUGUCAUAUGCCGAGGCCAAUAAAACAUGGAACUUCUGGCUUUGCUGCCGAUGUGAUGAGAAAUUUUCGAAUUCGGAAUCUCACGGGCAGCAUGUUGUGCAGGAACACCUGGGGAAUCUCUUGCCCAAAAUGCAGGGGCUUUUGCCCCAGAAUGUUGACAAUGAAUGGACUGAGAUGAUUCUUAAUUGUUCUUGGAAGCCACUGGAUGUCUCGUCAGCUGUUAAAAUGCUUGAAAACAGAGCAAAAUCCAGAGAUCCUUCAUUCUCUGAGGAUUCCUACUUGGGUCAUCAUGGAGAGGAGUACAUUAAUUGUUUUAAAGACCCAAGUGAUUCUUACCAUGAUAAUGGAAUUACAAGGUAUAAUCUUCAUAAUUGUACAACAAAAAGCAGUAACUAUUGUAAAAUUGCAGAAAGUGAUAUUGGAGGUGGUGUUGAAGUCCAAGGAUCUGUAGCAUAUCCCCUUGCUGUUAGUUGGCCAAUAUCUGAUGACUCUGAGCGUGCAAAACUUCUUGGGAAAAUUCGUGCAGUAUUUGAGAUGCUUAUUAAACACAAAUAUCUUGCUGCUAAUCAUCUUAACAAGGUCAUCCAAUUUACUAUGGAUGAGAUACAGGGCCUUGCUGGUGGUUCUCAACUCCUUAACCAUGGUUUGGACCAAACACCAAUGUGCAUAUGCUUUCUGGAUGCAGCCCAGCUUAAGAAAAUUAUCCAAUUUUUACAGGAAUUAUCUCAUGCCUGUGGUUUGGGUAGAUAUACUGACAGAAGCAGUAGUCCCAUGUAUGAUUUGAACAAUACUAAUCAAGGUCCUGAGAUCAAAGAGAAGAUUGUUCUCAAUGGCGAUGCAUCCUGCCUCCUCCUGGAUGAGUGUUUACUGCCAACACAUGACACGUCUGGUACAGCUCAGGGAGGUGUCUUGGAUAAUGCAACUGCCUCAGCUUCUCCUGACAGGGUUUCACACAACACCGAUGCUUUGCUAUCCUGGAUAUUUUCAGUUUCACCUAGCGGGGAUCAAUUGACAUCAUGGAUGCGUGCAAGAGAAGAUAGAAGACAUCAAGGAAUGGAAAUUGUCCAGUUGCUCGAGAAGGAGUUUUAUCACCUACAGAGCCUCUGUGAGAAGAAAUAUGAUCGUGUAAGUUAUGAAGAAGCUCUGCAGGCAGUAGAGGAUCUUUGUCUUGAGGAAGGUAAGAAGAGGGAAAACAUUGGCGAAUUUGUCCAGCGAAGCUAUGAGUCUGUCUUAAGAAAACGGAGAGAUGAGCUCAUUGAGAGUCAGAAUGAUGUGACCUAUGUUAGCAAUAGGUUUGAGUUGGAUGCUGUAUCAAAUGUUUUGCAAGAAGCUGAAGCAAUGAAUGUUAAUCAAUUUGGUUAUGAAGAAACUUAUGCUGGUGUGACUUCUCAGCUAUGUGAUUUGGAAUCUGGUGAAGAUGAAUGGAGAAUGAAGGAAUAUUUGCAUCAAAUGGAUGGCUGUAUAGAACUUGCUAUUCAGAAACUGAAGGAGCACUUAUCUGUAGAGCUGAGCAAAAUUGAUGCACGAAUCAUGAGAAAUGUUACAGAGAUGCAGCAAUUGGAACUCAAACUUGGGCCUAUUUCUGCUUAUGAUUAUCGAGCAAUAUUAUUGCCUCUUGUGAAGUUAUAUCUUAGGGCUCUUUUGGAAGAUUUGGCUGAGAAAGAUGCGACAGAGAAGUCUGAUGCUGCAAGAGAAGCAUUUUUGGCUGAACUUGCUCUUGAUUCUAAGAAGAUUGCUCAAGGGACAAGCGAGAACACACGACAUACGGAGAAGACAAAAGAUAAGAAGAAGAAUAAAGAUCAUAGAAAAACAAGAGAUUUAAAGGUUACAAGUGGUCAUGAGCAGCUCUUGCUUCAAGCUACAAUUCCUGAUUCUUAUCCAGUUUCACCUGAUAGCAACUAUCAAGGUUCUGAGGUUGUUGUUUCUAUGGAUGGUGAUGACUUGGAUCAGCAGGAAGAGGAAUUUAGAUGUAAAAUUGAGCUAGAAGAGGAGGAAAAAAAGCUUGAAGAAACUUUGGAAUUUCAACGAAGGAUAGAAAAUGAAGCUAAACAGAAGCACCUUGCUGAGCGACAAAAGAAAUCAUCUGGGACAUAUUUAGAGAAAGCAGCAGACAACCGUCAGGAUGCUCAGUUGAAGGUGGUUGCUGAUGGCCCAGAUUUACAUGAACAUAUAAGACCACCUGUGCAGGAGGAGUUGGCAAAGGAGAAUGUGCACCCAAGCAAUGUGGAUGGUGUGCUUAUUACCACAACAAAUGGUUUCAUGGCGCCAAUUAAAUCUUCAGCUGAUUUAGCUGCCCACAAGAUUCAUUAUACGCAUCAUUCGAAAGCUAAACAAGGAGAUAUGGCUAAUGGUGUAGUUACGGAGAAUGGUGUUCAGUUGUCUGAUCGGCGUGCAGGAAAAAAACAUAAACGGCAUAAGAAUCCUUCCACGUUGGUUGAUGGGAAGUUGGAAUCUGUUGCAUUGGAAAAAGAGAAUAUUGAGGUUACACAUACUGAUAAUCACUUAAGAGAGCAGGCUAAAGUCUAUAACAACCAAGAUGCUAACAAUGUGUGGGGAGACAAUGGAUUAAAGACGGUGAAAGAGUUGCAAGUUGAAGAUGAGGAGGAGGAAAGAUUCCAAGCUGAUCUUAAAAAAGCUGUAAGCCAAAGUCUAGAUACAUAUCAAGCACAUAGGAAAGUGCCUUCAGUUUCCAAUUUGAGAACGUCUCAGAGAACUUCACAAGUAGAUAGUGUGGGUUGUCCAUUGGAGGAAGAAACAACUGAGAAUGUGAAUGGAAUAACUUCUAUUGGUGCUGGGCUGAAGAAUGAAGUGGGUGAAUAUAAUUGUUUUCUCAAUGUUAUUAUACAGUCGUUGUGGCAUUUAAAACGCUUUCGGGAGGAAUUUCUUGGCAGACCUAGAUCGGAGCAUGAUCAUGUGGGUAAUCCUUGUGUUGUCUGUGCAUUGUAUGACAUCUUUACUGCCAUGGAUGUUGUUGUAUCAAAACACUUUAGGAGAGAAGCAGUUGCACCUACUUCCCUCAGGAUCGCUCUCAGCAAUCUAUAUCCAGAUAGUAACUUCUUCCAGGAGGCUCAGAUGAAUGAUGCUUCUGAAGUACUGGCAGUGAUAUUUGACUGCCUCCAUCGAUCAUUUACUCGGAGUUCAAGUGUUUCUGAUACAGAAUCAGUGGAAAGCAACUGCAUGGGAUCUUGGGAUUGUGCUAACAGUACUUGUAUAGUACAUUCACUCUUUGGAAUGGACAUUUUUGAACGAAUGAACUGCUACCACUGUGGUCUUGAGUCCAGGCACUUGAAGUAUACUUCCUUCUUUCACAAUAUAAAUGCCAAUGCCCUUCGGACAAUGAAGGUAAUGUGUGCUGAAAGCUCCUUUGAUGAGCUUUUGAAUCUUGUGGAAAUGAACCAUCAGUUGGCUUGUGAUCCAGAAGUUGGUGGUUGUGGCAAGCUGAACUACAUCCAUCACUUUCUUUCAACUCCACCGCAUGUUUUUAUGACAGUUCUAGGUUGGCAAAAUACAUGUGAGAGUGCUGAUGACAUAUCAGCAACUGUUGCAGCCCUCAGCACUGAGAUGGAUAUCAGUGUCCUUUAUCGUGGUUUAGAUCCUAAAAGCACUCAUAGCUUGAUUUCGAUGGUUUGCUAUUAUGGGCAGCAUUAUCAUUGCUUUGCUUAUAGUUAUGAGCACGAACAAUGGAUUAUGUAUGAUGACAAGACAGUCAAGAUAAUUGGUGGAUGGACUGAUGUUCUUGCAAUGUGUAAAAGAGGGCAUCUGCAACCCCAGGUUCUUUUCUUUGAAGCUGUAAAUUAGAUAUCUAUCGGAACUGAAUAUCAUUUGCUGGACUGAAGAACUUUGGGUUUGACUGAGUUUGACAUCCAACUGGUUUAUGGUGAGGCCCUGUUUAUCCAGAUGCAUUUCGCACGCACUUGGCUUAGGAAAUAAACUUGCAAGUUUCAAUGAUGUCAACAAGUUUUGGGAUACAUGCAUAAGUUGAGAUAUAGCAUUUAACAUUAUGUGAAACAAUUCACUGUUUUAAUAGUAACAACUAGUUCUCGGGGGAGAAUCAUGUCCAAAGCAAUUUUUUGAUACCGGACGUAAUUGGACUUCAAAGAGCCUAGAGAGUGGUGUUUGGUACGGAGCACGGCUCAUCAAAAUUGGUCUACUGUGAAAAUAUCACAUUCAUUUCUUGUAUCCAACCAAAGGUUUUGGUAAUGGAAAGAAGCACCACAAUUUGCUGAGAUUUGCCAGCUUUGUGUGAGAAGGGGCUGUUCUAUGAUGGACAUAAUUGCCCAUUGUUGGCGGGAACAUAUACCAUAUUUUGGAGGGUUGUUAACAAAGUUUUUUCCUUCAUCCCUCCUCUUCCCUACCCCCUCUCCCCCCUCAGAAAAAAAAAAAAAAAAGACUUCAGAGAGAUUUUGUAUAGCUUACAUACGAUUAGAUUAUAUUUGUUAUCUUGUUACCACUGCGGCUGAAAAGAGUUUUGUUUGCUGAUCUUUUUAUCUACUUGAUAAAAGUUUUCUCUCCUCCGUGAUACCUGAGUUAUGAUGGAACGUGCUGCAUGCCGGAAUUUGUGCAGUGAUAAAAUUGAGGAGCUUCCCUCCAUUAUAUCCAUAUCACUGUACUUUCUUCUUUUUAAAUUUCUUGUCUUUAUGGGAUUGGAGGAGGAGUGCUUCAGUUUUCUAGAAUCAGCAUAAGUGAAGGUAAUGAUUUCAAAUAUUUAUAGUUGCAGAUGUAACUGUAGCUUUUAGUGAGUAAAGAACAAAGUUUUUGUUACAAUUUUGUCCAAAUUUUUUGCGAUUGGUGUCAAUUAAGAUGGAUUAUCAUAUUUCAUUGUUCUACAUAUUGUUGUGAAGGUGUGUAAUUGGGCAUCUAGAGACUCUGAUUUCGCUGUAGUUUCAGUUUCGU